AUGCCCCCCGCUCUGCCAGCACCCGACGUAGUUCCUUCCCCUCCCUCUCGGCAGGUGGAAAGCAGUGACACCCCCAAAGACACGGCGGCCGUCCCCAAGUGCCCCCCGGCCUGCCCAGAGGCCAGUCCCGCCGAGCCGCUGCCCAACGGGGACGUGGAGGGGGACGCAGAGGAGGGCGGCGCCAGCCCCAAGGGCGGCCGGCCCGAGGAGGACGACACGGAGAGCGUUCCCGACGGAGAGACCGGCCGGGCGCUGGAGAACGGCCGCUGCACCCCCAAGGAGGGCCUGGACGCUCCGGCCGAUGAGGGUGAGCUGGCCCCUUCCGACCCCCAGAAGAAACGCGGGAGGAGGAAACUCCUGGAGGCCACAGAGAAAAGCAAGGACGAGAAGGAGGAAAACAACUUCGACACCCUGAAAAUGGAGGGCUCUCGUGGGCGGCUGCGGGGGGGCCUGGGCUGGGAGUCGAGCCUGCGGCAGCGGCCGAUGCAGCGACACACCUUCCAGGCCGGGGACCCCUACUACAUCAGCAAGAGGAAGCGGGACGAGUGGCUGGCGCGCUGGAAGCGGGAGGCAGAGAAGAAGGCGAAGGUGAUCGCCGUGAUGAACGUGGUGGAGGAGCCGGCGCGGGCCGACCCGCAGAAGGAGGAGGAGGCGAGCCCCCCGCCCGCCCCCCAGCAGCCCACCGACCCCGCCUCGCCCAGCGUGGCCACCACCCCCGAGCCCGCAGUGGCCGACGCGGGUGACAAGAACGCCUCCAAAUCCGCCGACGACGAGCCCGAGUACGAGGACGGGCGCGGGUUCGGCAUCGGGGAGCUGGUGUGGGGGAAGCUGCGCGGGUUCUCCUGGUGGCCCGGGCGCAUCGUGUCCUGGUGGAUGACGGGCCGGAGCCGCGCUGCCGAGGGAACCCGCUGGGUCAUGUGGUUCGGGGACGGCAAGUUCUCAGUGGUAUGUGUGGAGAAGCUGCUCCCCCUGAGCUCCUUUGCCAGCGCCUUCCACCAGGCUACCUACAACAAACAGCCCAUGUACCGCAAGGCUAUCUACGAGGUGCUGCAGGUGGCCAGCAGCCGGGCCGGGAAGAUCUUCCCCGCGUGCCCCGAGAACGACGAGACGGACACGUCCAAGGUGGUGGAGAUCCAGAACAAGCAGAUGAUCGAGUGGGCCCUGGGUGGCUUCCAGCCCUCAGGCCCCAAGGGGCUGGAGCCCCCUGAAGAGGAGCGGAACCCCUACAAAGAAGUUUACACGGAGAUGUGGGUCGAGCCCGAGGCCGCUGCCUAUGCCCCGCCCCCGCCCGCCAAAAAACCCCGCAAAAGCACAACCCAGGAGAAGCCCAAGGUCAAGGAGAUCAUCGACGAGCGCACCCGAGAGCGGUUGGUGUACGAGGUCCGGCAGAAGUGCAGGAACAUUGAAGAUAUCUGCAUCUCCUGUGGGAGCCUCAACGUGACCCUGGAGCACCCUCUGUUCAUCGGGGGAAUGUGCCAAAACUGCAAGAACUGCUUCCUGGAGUGCGCCUACCAGUACGACGACGACGGGUACCAGUCCUACUGCACCAUCUGCUGCGGCGGCCGCGAGGUCCUCAUGUGUGGGAACAACAACUGCUGCAGGUGCUUCUGCGUGGAGUGCGUGGACCUGCUGGUGGGCCCGGGGGCGGCGCAGGCGGCCAUCAAGGAGGACCCCUGGAACUGCUACAUGUGCGGCCAUAAGGGGGUGUACGGGCUGCUGCGGCGGCGGGAGGACUGGCCCUCGCGCCUCCAGAUGUUCUUCGCCAACAACCACGACCAGGAGUUUGACCCACCGAAGGUGUACCCACCCGUGCCGGCCGAGAAGAGGAAGCCCAUCCGGGUGCUUUCGCUCUUUGAUGGCAUCGCCACAGGGCUGCUGGUGCUGAAGGACCUGGGCAUCCAGGUGGACAGGUACAUUGCCUCCGAGGUGUGCGAGGACUCCAUCACCGUGGGCAUGGUGAGGCACCAGGGCAAGAUCAUGUACGUCGGGGAUGUCCGCAACGUCACCCAGAAACACAUACAGGAGUGGGGCCCCUUCGACCUGGUAAUUGGGGGGAGCCCCUGCAAUGACCUCUCCAUCGUCAACCCGGCCAGGAAGGGGCUCUAUGAGGGCACUGGGCGCCUCUUCUUUGAGUUCUACCGCCUGCUCCACGAAGCCCGGCCCAAGGAGGGCGACGACCGGCCCUUCUUCUGGCUCUUCGAGAACGUGGUGGCCAUGGGGGUGAGCGACAAGAGGGACAUCUCGCGCUUCCUGGAGUCCAACCCCGUCAUGAUUGAUGCCAAAGAAGUGUCUGCAGCACACCGGGCACGGUACUUCUGGGGGAACCUGCCCGGGAUGAACAGGCCACUCGCCUCCACUGUCAACGAUAAGCUGGAGCUGCAGGAGUGCCUGGAGCACGGCAGAAUAGCAAAGUUCAGCAAAGUGCGAACCAUCACCACUCGUUCCAACUCCAUCAAGCAGGGCAAGGACCAGCACUUCCCCGUGUUCAUGAACGAGAAGGAGGACAUCCUGUGGUGCACGGAGAUGGAGAGGGUCUUCGGCUUCCCGGUGCACUACACGGACGUGUCCAACAUGAGCCGCCUGGCCCGGCAGAGACUGCUCGGCAGGUCCUGGAGCGUGCCGGUGAUCCGCCACCUCUUCGCGCCCCUGAAGGAAUACUUUGCCUGCGUUUAGAGACGGGCAGGAACUGGUGACACGGAGCGAGUCGGAAACAAACCCAUCCACGCCAAGAGAAGUGAACACACGGAAUGAGAGAAGAGUCAGCACCCAGAAGAGAGACGGGAUUUCGCAGCCCGACGGGAACCCAGCACAUGUCUCCCCGAGCGAAAGGGGUCGGUGUCCUCUCCUGAAUUUCCAAGGGUCAGCUUUAGCCUAUCGAAAAACAAACAAAAACCACAAAAAAGCAAACAACGACAAAAAAAAAAAAAAAAAAAAAAAAAAAAAAAAAAAAAAAAAAAAA